AUGGCGAAAAUCACAACUUAUCUGUCGGCUGUGUUGCUGUCCAUUGGAGGUUUCCUCUUCGGAUAUGACAGCGGUAUUGUCACCUCUACGAUCGGCCAGACUGAAUUCAUCAAGUACUUCAACAACCCCAAUGACACUGUUACUGGUGGUAUCGUUUCCGCAUUCCAGGGUGGUGCCAUCUUGGGUACGAUAAUCAACAUGUUCAUCGGCGAUCGCCUAGGCCGUAAGAUGUCCGUAUUCACCGGUGCUUGCAUCUCAUGCUUCGGAUGUGCUUUGCAAGCCGGCUCUGUCAACAUGACCAUGCUCAUCAUUGGUCGAUUUAUCGCCGGUGCCGCAGUCGGUAUUCUCACCUCGAUCGUACCAAUGUACGCCGGUGAGAUGGCCGAGGCUGCCACUCGUGGUAUGAUGUCUGGUCUCUUACAAUGGAUGUUGAGCUGGGGUUAUUUGGUCGCCCAGUGGCUCGGGUAUGGACUUUCAUUUGUGGAAACCUCUGUUCAAUGGCGUUUCCCUCUCGCUUUCCAAUGUAUUCCUGGUCUGAUUCUUGCCGGCGGCGUGUGGUUCUUGAACGAGUCUCCCCGGUGGUUGAUGGAGAAGGAUCGCCAUGACGAGGCUCUUGCCACCCUGCAAAGACUGCACGGUGAUGGCACCCAGGAGAAGGAACAAUACAUUGAGCUGGAAUUCCAGGAGAUUCGCGAAGCGAUCGAGGCCGAGCGCGCAUCAACCAAGAUCACCUGGACCUCCAUCCUCACCAAGCCCUCUUGGCGCCGUCGCCUUAUCCUUGGAUGUGCUGUGCAGGCCUUCGGUCCCCUGUCCGGUAUCAACGUUAUCAACUACUACGGUACUCGUAUCUACGCAUCGCUGGGAAUCGAUACCCACACUUCUCUCAUGAUCAUUGGAAUCUCCGGAGCUCUCUCGAUCGUAUACUGCACUGGUGGUCUCUGGGCUCUGGAGAGAGUCGGCCGCAUCAAGCCUCUCAUCAUCGGAUCCCUUGGUAUGGCGCUGGCUCUGGUUUGCAAUGCUGCCAUGUCGCAACACUAUGAUGAAAGCAACACCAACCAGCUCCGUGCUAUGGUCGCUAUGAACUUCGUCUUCAGCUUCUUCUACACUUUCAUCGGCAUCAUCUCAUGGGUCUACCCUGCUGAAAUCUUCCCUGUGGAUAUUCGUAACCAGGGUAACUCGGUUACCACCUUCACGAACUGGACCAUCAAUCUGGUCUUUGCUCAGUUCUCGCCAACGGCCUUGUCCAAUAUUGGAUUCCGUUAUUUCUAUGUUUUCUUCGUGUUCAACUUGAUCGCUAUGGUUUGCUACAUGCUCUUCUUCCCUGAGACUAAGGGCAAGACUUUGGAACAGAUGGAUGUGCUGUUUGGUGACAAUGAGGUACCGCUUUCUGCUGCUGAAAAGGUCGGUGCUGAAGUUGAACAUGCGGAGUAA